AUGAGCUCCUUCCGCACCAAUCUCAAGAAGCUCGCACAUCAAAUUGUUGUAUUGUGUUUUGGACUGCAGAAAGGCUGCGCUGACAAGGUAGAAGACCUUCUUAAGAGUCACAAGUAUAUUUUUCCAACCGAUGCCAAGGGUAAGGUCCUUGGGGACCAACCAUUUUGUGAUGAGGCUACCAUUGACACCAUCCGAUUGACAUUCUUUGAUGGUGAGGACUCGUUUGGCGCUCAGUGCCAUGAUGAUUUUGUUUCUGUCUUAGAUGAAAAUGACGAGCCCGAGCUACCUGUGGCUAUGGUGUGUUUGAUUGCAACUAUGAUUUAUGCGAUAUUGAAGGAUUGGAGUAGCAGCAACCCGCCUUCAAAUGCACAAGUCAAAUCAUUCAAUACCUCCUCCCACGUUGGCAUUUACAAGGCUCACCAAGUGACUCUCAUGCUCAUCUUUGAUGGUAGUAGAAAGAAGUACCAUGCACUGAUGGCACAACUUUACAAGGCAGUUAGUGCAAUCGACAACUCAGCGUCCACUGGCUCAUCAAGCACUUGCGACUAUCUUGAUCUCGACGCAAUGGUCGAAGAAUAA